AGGCGCUGUGCCCUCCUUCGCCGCAGCACAGACAGGCUUAGGGAGCGUGCAGGACUUUGCUGAGCAAUCGCUCUUCUGGUCGCUCGCCGAGCGUGCCUGGCGGCUCUGGAGCCGGCGUGGUCCUGUUGCCACAGAACCCCGGGAGCUCCUUGCUUCUUCGCUGCCGCUGCCGCUGCACGCCUCUUCCUCCUGCCAGGCACGCUGCUUCUCUGCCGGCCCCGUCUCCGCGCUCCUGCUUGCGACGCCUGCCGAAGAGAUGCGGGGCCUGUCCGGAUGGAUGGUGCUGCUGGUGCUCGGCAGCUGGUUCCGUCUGCGAGCAAAGGGCGCCGUGUCGCUGACUGGCUUUUAUCCCUUCGGGCCGGCGCAGGGGGACACGGCCACUCCUCAGCAAGACGACGGCGGCUCUGGGCUCCAGCCCAUCGCCGUCAAGUUCCCCUUCUUCGGUGCGACUCACACAGCGCUCUACGUAAACAACAAUGGAAUCAUCUCCUUCUUGAAAGAGGUAUCUCAGUUCACCCCUGUGGCUUUCCCCAUUUCCAAUGACCGACGUGUUGUUGCCGCAUUCUGGGCUGAUGUUGAUAACCGGCGUUCAGGACAAGUGUAUUACCGGGAAACCACAGACCAAGCCAUUUUGGAGAGAGCCACUAAGGAUAUCGCACAGUAUUUCCCAGAAUUCCCAGAGUUCUCAGCCCAGUGGAUAUUCAUAGCAACUUGGAACAAGGUUACGUUCUUUGGAGGAAACUUGUUUUCUCCAGUAAAUACUUUCCAGAUAGUCCUCAUCACUGACGGCCUACUUUCCUUCACUAUCUUCAACUAUGAAUCAAUAACCUGGACCACUGGCAUGCAUGCCAGCAGUGGAGGAAAUUUAGCAGGCCUGGGAGGGAUAGCAGCCCAGGCAGGUUUCAAUGCCGGUGAUGGAAAACGGUAUUUUAACAUCCCCGGAUCCCGCACUGAUGACAUUGUCGACGUGGAGAUGACGACAAAUGUGGGUAUCCCCGGGCGCUGGGUAUUCAGAAUCGAUGAUGCCCAGGUGCAAGUGGGGGGCUGCAACAACACAACUUCAGUGUGUCUGACACUUCGUCCUUGCUUGAAUGGAGGAAAAUGUAUUGAGGACUGCAUCACAGGGAACCCUUCAUACACUUGUUCUUGUCUCGCUGGUUUCACUGGAAAACAAUGCCAAAUUGAUGUGGAUGAGUGUGCUUCCAAUCCAUGUCAUAAUAAAGCAUCUUGUAUCAGUGGCAUCAACAGCUUCAGCUGUUGGUGUCCACCAGGAUUUAAAGGAGCUACAUGUGAAAUUGAGGAGUCGCCAUGUAAAACCAAAGAAUGCCAGAACGGUGGGGAGUGCCAAAUAACUAACACAACAGCUGUCUGCCUUUGUCAGCCAGGUUAUACUGGAGAAGACUGUGAAAUAGAAAUAAAUGAAUGUGAGUCCAGCCCGUGUCUGAAUGGUGGGCAAUGUAUGGAUCUUGUCAACAACUAUACUUGUUCCUGUGCAACACCUUUUACUGGACAGCAUUGUGAAAUAGAUCCUUCAACCUGUGAGGGUAGAAAUUGCAGGAAUCGGCAGAUGUGCAACUAUAUUCGCCCAGGGCGCUAUGUCUGCACAUGCUCACCAGGCUACUAUGGGAACAAUUGCCAAUAUGGUGGCCCUAGAAUGUCUAAUGCCUGUCGCUCCAAUCCAUGCCAGAAUGAGGGCACAUGUCUUGAAAGCAGUCAAGGUUAUGUUUGUGAAUGUGCAGAAGGAUACGCAGGCACUGACUGCAGAGAUAAACUCUCAGAUGACUGCGAGUGUCGAAAUGGAGGAAAGUGCCUGGAUGGAAAUAUCACUGUGUGCCAUUGCCCACCUGGAUAUUUUGGGCUUCUCUGUGAAUUUGAAGUGACUACUACACCUUGCAAUAUGAACACCCAGUGCCCUGAUGGGGGUUAUUGUAUGGAGUAUGAUGGCAGUUACCUUUGUGUGUGCCAUACAGAUUAUGGCACUAAUCACACUGAGCCACCCUCUCCAUGUGACUCAGAGCCCUGCCUGAACGGUGGAUCUUGUGAUGCUCAUGAAGACUCCUACACCUGUGACUGUCCCCGAGGCUUCACUGGAAAAUAUUGUGAGAAAGCAAGACCCAAAUUGUGCAGCUCUGGACCCUGCCGCAAUGGAGGGACCUGUAAGGAAUCAGAUGGGGAAUACCACUGCACCUGUCCCUACCGCUUUACAGGGAAACACUGCGAGAUAGGUAAACCUGAUCCUUGUACCUCAGGGCCUUGUCAUAAUGGGGGCACUUGUUUCCAUUAUAUUGGCAAGUACAAAUGUGACUGCCUGCCUGGAUACACUGGACGGCACUGCGAAAUAGCUCCUUCUCCUUGUUUCCUGCAUCCAUGCAAAAAUGGGGCCACUUGUGAGGAUUUUGGCAACAGCUAUGUCUGCAUAUGCUCUGCAGGUUACACAGGAAGACACUGCCAAUCAGAGAUUGACUGUGGAAUCCCCACUGAAGUGAAGCAUGCUCAGUUAGCAUUUAACUCCACUAAGAUGGGGUCCUUGGCAAUAUAUCACUGUGCUCUUGGUUAUAUUCUGAAUUCCCAAAAUAACCCUCGCCUAUGUUUGGCAAAAGGCAUCUGGAGUGACCCACCAGAAUGCAAUGAAAUCGAUGAGUGCAUAUCUCAACCCUGUCUGAAUGGGGGGUUGUGCAAAGAUCAAAUUGCCCAUUACCUUUGCUUGUGUAAAGCUGGCUAUACAGGAAGCAACUGUGAAUCGGAAAUUAAUGAAUGUCAAUCUAGUCCAUGCAAAAAUGGUGGAAUCUGCAAAGACCAGCCAGGAUCAUUUAUCUGUCAUUGUUCUGAAGGCUUCAUUGGAACACAGUGUGAAAUGGAAGUGGACGCCUGUAAAUCAAAUCCAUGUCGGAAUCGAGGAAGUUGUGAAAGUCACAGUGGUUCUUACCUGUGUGUCUGUCCAGAGGGAUUCUUUGGCUAUCACUGUGAGUCAGUUAGUGAUCCCUGUUACUACAAUCCAUGUGGAAAUAGAGGGUACUGUCUACCAACUAAUGAAUCCCACAUCUGCACCUGCAAAGUGGGCUAUACUGGCAGGAAUUGUGAGAAAGAACUGCUGCCACCAAUGUCAUUAAAGGUGGAAAAAGUGGAGGAGAAUGGGUUGUCAAUCUCUUGGCGCCCGCCCAAGGACCUGGCUGCCAAACAUAUAAUUGAUGGCUACGCCGUGACGUACGUAUCCUUCGACGGCUCUUACCGCUGGACUGAUUAUGUGGACCGAAGUCGUGCUGCCCACCAUUUGCGGGCACUAGCCUCCGGCAAAGCCUACAAUAUUUCUGUCUUUUCAGUCAAACGCAAAUCGAAUAACAAGAAUGAUAUCAGCAGGCCCAUCAUGCUCGUCACUCGUACUAGACCUCACCCAGUAGAAGGAUUUGAAAUAGCCAAUGUGACUUCCACAACCAUUACUGUGCAAUGGGCUCUUCAUAAACUCAAACAUGCCACAGUCAGCAAGGUGCGCCUGUCCAUACGGCAGCCAGAAGAUGUAGAGGAUCAUGCUGUAGAAUUAAACAAUACUGUGACCAAAUACACAUUUUGGGACCUUCAACCAGGACAGAAGUAUCUUAUCCAUAUGUGGACCUUGAGUGGCCUUAGUAGUGAAGAUCAUGCCACAGAGAGCUUUGCUACAUCUCCUUUUUACGUCUGGACCCGACCUCUGUCUCCUAGAAACCUCACUGCAUCCAGAGUGGCAGCCACCUCUGUCCAAAUGACUUGGGAACAGCCCCUUGUGGGUUCAGUGGAAGGCUACAUCAUCAAUGUCAGUACCAGCCAGAGUGUAAAGAGCCGCUAUGUCCCCAAUGGAAAAUUGUUUUCCUACACCGUGCGUGACCUGAACCCAGGUCAAAGGUAUCGCUUAUCUGUGAUGGCUGUUCAAAAUACUGAUCAAGGACAAGUGAUGAGUGAGCCUGCCCAUCUUUACAUUACGGCCUUGCAGAAAGAUGGAACCUCUGAAAGACGCUGGAGCCAAACUGGGCAUCCACGGGUGCUGAGAAACAGAGUGCCCCCAGCUUUCCUACCAGAAUUGCAUGUGCUUGCUGAGCACUCUGUCCCCGAGGAGCCCUCACUAACACCCAGGUUUACAGAACUAGUUGAUGGCAGAGGAAGGAUCACUACUAAAAUCAGCAGCUCUCCCAGUCGAUCAGUUUCUGUGAAAACACAACCAGAAGCUCUUACGAAAGUUGAAGAAAAUGUGGAGGAAUCAACUAGUCGGGCCAAACUAGCAGUGCAGCUGUCAGAACCUGAGAGUACCAAGAGAGAAAGUGAGAGGCAGAAUUGUUCCAUAAACUUCUGCAAAAAUGGUGGGACCUGCGUUGCUGGCUUAGAGUCUUACAAUUGUGACUGUACUCCAGGAUUCAAAGGCAGAUUAUGUGAACUAGCUUGUAAAAAAGUGCCUCAGUCUUGUACUCGACUAUACUCUGAAACAAAACCUUUUCCAGUCUGGGAAGGAGGCGUCUGUCAUUAUCUAUACAAGCGAGUCUACAAAGUGCAUCAGGACAUUUGUUAUAAGGAGAGUUGUGAGAGUACUGUAACAAAUAAAGCACUCAGCAGAAAACAAAUCAACAGGCACUGAAACCCACAUGCUUAUUUGAUAAUGGCUGAUGGAAAACAGUCUCUCAUUUUAAGGUUGUGUCUCAAUCCUUAAAUGGAAGAGGAAGAUUCCCUCCAUUAAGUCUUCUACUGAUAAGUGCCAGAGUUGUACCAACAGAAUUCCUCACUGA